AUGGGAGACUUGCCGGAGGAUACGACAGCACUGGUGGAUGACCAUAACAACCUUCUUUCAGAGGCAAUUGGAGAUGUGAGCAUAGCUAAAGAACACAAGAUACAUAGCUAUGGAAGAAGCUUUAAUGGGUUCGUGGCAAGGCUACUGCCUCAUGAAGCAAAAACACUAUUAGUGUACAUGGGAGACUUGCCGGAGGAUACGACAGCACUGGUGGAUGACCAUAACAACCUUCUUUCAGAGGCAAUUGGAGAUGUGAGCAUAGCUAAAGAACACAAGAUACAUAGCUAUGGAAGAAGCUUUAAUGGGUUCGUGGCAAGGCUACUGCCUCAUGAAGCAAAAACACUAUUAGAGAAAGAAAGAGUUGUGUCAGUGUUCCCAAGCACUGUGAGAAAACUACGAACCACGAGAUCAUGGGAUUUUAUGGGAAUGCCUGAAACAGUGAAAAGGAACAAUGGAGUAGAAAGCAAUCUCAUUGUGGGGCUCUUAGACUCAGGAAUUUGGAUAAAAUCACCCAGUUUUAAUGAUGAAGGCUAUGGGCCUCCCCCACCCAGAUGGAGGGGCAAAUGUUCUAAGGGUGCUAAUUUCACUGGAUGCAACAAUGCAUGUGAUUAUGGAACACUGAGUGAGAACAAAGUGAAGGGGAAGAUUGUGCUCUGCCUUGGCUAUACCGGUCAAGAUGGCACGAUCAAUGACUUACAUGGGUCUGGAACCAUCAUGACAACAGAUCAGUUUUCAGACGUUGCCUUUACCUUUCUUCUACCGGCGACUUUAAUCGAUGUCAAGGCCGGCGAAAAAAUCGAUCGCUACAUCAACUCAACCAAGACGGCCAAAGCAGUUAUAUACAAGUCGAGAACAGUUAACAUGACUGCACCCUUCGUGGCUUCCUUUUCAUCAAGAGGACCCCAAUUAAUCAGUCAGCACAUCCUCAAGCCUGAUAUUGCUGCACCAGGACUGAACAUAUUAGCUGCUUAUUCACAACUAACAACUGUGACUGGAGCCACGGGUGACAAACGGAUUGUAAAGUAUAACAUAGAAUCGGGAACAUCGAUGGCUUGCCCUCAUGUUGCAGCUGCUGCAGCUUAUGUCAAGUCCUUCCAUCCCCAAUGGUCACCGGCUGCAAUCAAGUCUGCUCUCAUGACCACUGCAACACCUAUGAAGAUUAAGCCAGUAGAUGCUGAAUUGGCCUCAGGUUCAGGCCAAAUAAACCCAACAAGAGCACUGCACCCUGGCCUUGUCUAUGACAUGAACACAGGCUCCUACGUUAGAUUCCUAUGCAAGGAAGGCUACAACAGCACAACUAUUAGCUUACUAACGGGUGGUAAAAAGAAGUACAACUGCUCCACCCUUCCUGCACGAGGAUUUGAUGGCAUCAACUAUCCAUCCAUGCAUAUCCAGCUUACAAAACCCAACUCUAGCAUUUCAGCAGUUUUCCACCGAACUGUAACAAACGUGGGCUAUGGGAAGUCCGUAUACAAGGCAAAAGUGAUGGCACCUAAGGGUCUUUCUGUCAGAGUUAUUCCGAGAACACUGACAUUUGAACGCUCGUAUCAGAAGAGAUCAUACCACCUUAUGGUGAAGGGAAAAUUCAUCAAAAACACUGAGAUCCUAUCAGCCUCGCUAUUGUGGAGUGACUCUAAGCACAAAGUUAGGAGUCCUAUCCUUGUCUAUAGGUCCCUAUCUCAAGAUUAUCAGUAGCUUGUACUGCAAACACAGGAUUGCUAUUAUUGUUCUAUCAAAUUUCAAGUUCUUUCUUGCAACUUUCUUUCUGUCUGGCUACUGAGAUAUUCAAGUUCGCAAGCCUGUUCCUCCUCUGUUUGAUCUUAGUCAAUGACACCUUUGUCUACCAAUUAUGUGAAAUUGCUCAACUCAAGGUUAGUACGAGUGUGCGAUGAGCAGCAUCUUCACACCAUCCUAUCAUUCACAUCCUUAUGUCAAACAGGUACACAAGGUCACUUUUUCAGUGAAAUAACUGGAGUGAUACCACUGCAUAACUGACACAUGGUACCACAACUCAAUAAAAGGGACCAAAUGCAACAUGAAGCAUCACAAUCAACUCACCAAGUAAACCAAGAAAUCGAUGCUCAGGAACAGCCAUCCAUCACCAUGGGGGCAGAAAAGGGGGGAUAAAAAGGAAAAGAGGAAAAAACAAGGACUAAACCCACACCAAGACAGACCAACACACAAACAGAUGAACAUCAGUCCUCCAUCCCGUGAGGACCAGAGA